UUUAUUCUAUUGGAAAACUUAGUGCCCCUGCCGGAUUUGAAUAUCAGCAUCGACGUAACACUCAAUACGAGUACACCGACCGUCUUAUCCAUUUCGAAAUGACGUUAUCAAAAAUUUAUGUCAUUUACUGCAGAACCAAAAUCAAAUAACUAAACUAAGGAUGUUCUUGUGAUAAUUUUCGUUUAUUUUUCCUUCCUAUGUUUAUAGCCUUGACAGGCUAUUUCAACUUCGCCUUGAAAUGUGGUUGAGCUCACGGGGCUCAAACCGGGAGUGUUGCUAACACUGGCCCUAGCAAGAGCAGUGCUUCGCAGAAUCUACCCCCGUAUCAGAAACGCGAUUGAGAAAAUCUGGCAAGAAAUUCAGUGGGCUAAAAUAAUUUUCGUGUAGUCGAUUCGGGGACCGGGAGGCAAGUACUUAUAGUACGAGCACCGGCAAAAACGUAGUAAAGCCUUAUCGUAGAGGUCGGGAGCGAGGGCGGUGGCGCGGGUGUAGACUGUAGAGGUAGCGCCGCCGGCCGGUCGAGCGAGACACGACAGUGCACAUUCGGCGAGCAAUUCAUUCGCGCGUUUCAACGACACACACGACCCGCGCAUCUGCAUCACGCAGGUCGCCACCACGAACCACACUCCGAGAUACAAUCACAAACUACGUUUUCCGAACUUCAAAUCGAGGACUAAUUCGAUAAUCCAAAGGAAUUUUUUUUUUGAAAAUCAUAAGAUGCCCGUCGAAACCAAAAUUAGCUUUUCCGACGGCAGCUCGACGGACACGCUGAGGAAGCUUAGUGACGACCUAUCUAGAAAACACCUAUCAGAUUUGAUAGAAGCCGAAGAAGACGAGGUCAGUAGCAGUCUACCGGAUAAACCUCGUACAUAUCGCAAAGCAUCCACCAGCAGUACGUUCAGCGCUACUUCGAUGGAUGCUCUUUGGGAGAAACACGCGCGUCGUCUCAGCGAGGCUGGACUACGAAGGUCUUCAGACCACAGCGUGAUAUUGACAGAGGACACCGAUAGCUUCAUUAUUGGUGAACGUGUUUGGGUAGGCGGUACGAAACCUGGACAAAUUGCUUAUAUCGGAGAAACGCAGUUUGCUCCCGGAGAGUGGGCUGGGAUAGUACUCGACGAGCCAAUUGGUAAAAACGAUGGAUCAGUGGCAGGCGUUCGUUAUUUUCAAUGUCCAGAGAAACGAGGUGUGUUUUCUCGAUUGACUCGACUCACUAGAGUUCCCUUCGCUAUACACACACCGCACGAUGCAUCGCCCGUGUCGGAUGCGGGGAGCGUGUUCGAACGACCUCCUUCCGGCGCGGCUCGUCCCAAGCGGACCCUCUCGCCAAAUGGAAGUAUUCGCAGUAUUGUCAGCAGUAAGAUGAAUGCUUCAAUUUCCACAACGACCAAUGGAGAUAUUCGAACGGGUGAUCGUGUUAUUGUAUCAAGCAGCCGCGGAAGCAAAGCUGGUAUUUUGCGUUUCGUAGGUCCUACAGAUUUCGCGCCGGGCAUUUGGGCAGGUGUCGAACUUGAUGAUCCCCUCGGUAAAAACGAUGGCUCUGUAGACGGAAAGAGAUAUUUCGACUGUGCACCACGUUUUGGUUUAUUCGCUCCGAUAUCCAAAGUAUCGAGAUCUCCAUCCAACCGCAAGCCGGGUGCUUGUGCUAUCCACAGCAACGGACGAGCGACUCCGUUACGACGUUCCAACUCGCGCGAUUCGCUCACGUCUCUUGGCACCUCUAUUGCAUCGUCUCGUGUGGGGGUGAGACUCGGGGUGACGUCGCUGGGCGCUCAGCGCGUCGGCGGCCCGCGUGCUUCGUCCACCCCGGUCUCGGCUAAGAACGCCCUCCAGGAAUUACUUAGGGAGAAACAGCAGCAUCUCGAACGAAUGAUGCGCGAACGUGAAUUGGAAAGGACCGAAGUAGCCAAAAUCUCGCUUCAGGCCGACAGAGCGGAAACCGCGCUCACGCAACUGAAGAAGGAAGCCUCACAGACGAGCAAUGAGAACGUCAUACUCAAAGCCGAAUUGGACAAGCUCAACAAGCUUCUGGAGGACGAGAGGCAAAAGGUCGAAGAUCUCAUGUUCAGGAACGAAGAGGAGAACAUCAACAAAGAAGAUUAUUAUAGAUACAAAGAGGCUAUGGAGAAAGAGAUAGCUGCUAAUGAGCAACGCAUCAGAGAGCUUGAAGCCGAAGCAGCGCUGCAGCUGGCCCGCGCCGACGCUACGGCGACAGCGCUGCGGGCGCUUGAAGAACAACGGAACGCUGAAGCCGCUACUGUGGCUGAACAACACAGAGAAGAACUGUCCGCCGCUCAGACACUUUCAUCCGAACUACAAAAGCUUUUAGACGAAGCGUACGCAUUGUUAAAAGAAAAAGAAAACGAGAAGGACUCGUUAGGCAAAAGCAUGUCCGAUGAAUUGGCAAAGUUGAAAGCAGACUCAGAAAGGGCUCUGAACGAAGCCAAAACGAAACUAGCUAUUGUACAAACAGAGUUCGAGACACAAUUAUCGGUACUUACGGCCAAACUACAAUUGGCUGAAUCGAAAUUAGAAACAGAAAAACAAACUCUCGAAAGAACGAACAAAGAGAACAGUCAAACGAUAAUCGAUUUGAACACGAAACUGACGCAGCUACAAGCGGCCGUCGAUGACAAAACCAUCGAACUUAAUAAAGUAAUUGCAGUGACUAAAGAACACGAAGUAAACCUAAACAAAGAAAUUACGAAACUGAAAAUGGAGCUGAGCGCUAGAGUAAUCGAUUUGGAACAGCUAGAAGAUACUAAGAGGAAACAGGAAUUGGCAUGUAAAAAUUUGGAAGAGGAAAUCGCACGCGUCCGGGAUGAAUGCAGUAUUAAAGUUAAUGAAUAUGAAGGCAUCUUAAAUGAAGUCACGCAGCAAAAUGAGAAGAACAAAACAGAAAUAUCGGAACUACAGCAAAGUUUGUCUGUGAAAAUUAAAGAGUACGAGAAACUUCUGGCAGACUCCAGUACAAGUUCAAGUUCGACAGAAAAACUAAUAAACGAAUAUAAAGGAACUAUUCAUGAAAGAGAUAAAGAGAUAAUCAAGCUCAAAGAUGAUUAUGAACAAACUACAGCCAACUUUAAUAUCAAACACAGCAAAAUCGCAGAAGAACACAAAAAAGAAAUCGACGAACGGAAUUCUAGAAUCGAAGAACUUAUCAAAGAAAUAAAUAGUCACAAACAAACGCUCGAUCAAAACAAAGUCGAUUUUGACGCAUUAAACUCCCAGUUCAUGCAAAACGCGAAUGAGUUGAAAACGCUCAGAGAGGAAAACGAUAAACUUAAAGCUACAAUUAAUGAAUUGACUGCCGCGAACGUCGAACUUAAAGCUAAACUUUCAACCAUGGAACUAGAGGUCGGCGAAUUGAAGCGUCAACUUGACAGUUCAUUAGAAAAAUGUGAAGAUUUAGAAAAAAUGAAGGAAAAAGUAGAAUCCGAAUAUAUGAACUUGACUGGGCAAACGUCCGAUUCUAAUGAUCAAUUCAAUAAACUAUCGCAACACCUUAAAGAAACAGAAAGCGAAUUACGCGAGUUUAAAGAUAAGCACAGGGAAGUAGUUAAUAAUUACGCACGUACAGAACAAGAAUUAAAACAAAAGCUGUUUAAACUACAGGAAGAUUUUUCACUAGAACGCGGUCAGUUAGUUCAGUCGGUCAAUGACAAUAUCGAAAAGAUUGUUGAAACUGAAAGUAAAAUUAAAGAAUUCGAGUCACAGUUAUUUGAUAUCAAUAAUCGUUUAAAAGACGCACUUACAGCGAACGAUAGCUUAACUGAUGAGAAUGUUAUACUGAAAAAAGAAAUAGAAACACUAAAGCUAAAAGAGAAGGAAUUACUUGAAGAACAUGAAAACAUACGAAAGAAAUUAGAAGUUGAAAAUGAUAGAUUUAAAGAAGAAGUAUCUAUGCUAAAAGCCGAAGGCGCUACAUCAGAAGUUAAAUUAAUGGAAAAAGUUGAUCAAUUGACUGAAGCUCAAAAUGACUUGAACAAUAAACUGGAGGAAGCCAGAAAACACGAAGACUCGCUACAAAAAGUACUAGAUGAUAUGACAACACAAUUGAAUAACCAGAAAACGCGUUACGAAAAAGAAAUAUCAGUACUUCAAAGUCAUCUCUCCACCUUAACCAAUGAUUUUAGUAAAAAUCAAGCCGACGAAAAUGUGUUAAAACAACAACUUGAAGAGAAGCAAAACCUUAUUAAAGAUCUAACCUUGAAAUCGGAGAUGCUUGAAGUAGAUUUAAAAUCUAAUGUAGAAAUGAUAAAGGAAAAAGAUAGGCAGAUAGCACAAACCAACGAGGAAAUAAUUAAAGCUAACGAAAACAGGAAACAGUUAGAAGAUACUUUAAAUAGUGCUCAGUUAGAUAUCUCUUCGUUAAAACAAAAGUAUGAAAACCUUAUAGCUAAUUCUUCUGCGGAAGAAUCGCUCAUUAAGGAUCAACUAGAACAACUAGAAGAGAUGAAAAAAGAAAUGACUCUUAUCGUUCAAGAUAAAGAAAUGUUACAAUCUAAGUACAACCAAGCAAUCGAGGAGCUUAAAAUAGUUAAAGAAGCGCACGAAGUUGCUGUUAAAAGCUUGAAGGAAACCACGGAUAUGAAAGACGGUCUGCAGAGGGCAUUAGAUGAAAAAGAUAGUUUAUUAAAAUCUCAAACUGAGGUUAGUAAGACUGAAUUAGCCAAAUUAAAAGAAGUAGGUGAAGAAGUUGCCAAAUUAAAAUUAGAUGUUGCGAAUAAAGAUGCGGCUCUGCAAGAAAAAGAAACGCAACUUACAAGCGUUGCUGAUGCACUUAAGUCAGGAUCAAACGAAAUGCAAAAAUCGUUAGAUGAGAUUCAAACGAAAUAUGACAGUUUAAAUGAAAAAUAUAAAACUGAAGUUGAAUCUCUAAAUAAUAAUUUGAAAUCAUUACAAAAUCAAGUUAGUGAAAGACAAAAAGAAAUCGAAGAACUGAGGGAAUUCAAAGAAAAAGUAACGGAGUUACAGGAACUAUUAAAUAAGGCUGAACAAGAUAUAAAACAACUAACCAAUAUCAACGAAGCACAAAAAUUGAAUUAUGACGAUCUUAAUAAACAGCUUCAGGCUCAAUUCGACGAAUACAAAAAAGAUAGCAAAAGACUCAAACAUGAACUAAAGGCCAAACUUAAUGAAUACGAAAAAGAAUUGGGCCAGUACAAAGAAAAAGUAAAAUCGGAAUCGGAUAAACAAAAUGAAACUGUGCAAAAAUUAAUUGAAGCUGAAAAAAACGUAAAGGAACUAAACCAAAAGUUUGAACUAGUACACGAUCAGCAGAGUUCAGAUGCAGAAAAAGAUGUCAAACUAGAAAAGUUAUCUGUUGAAUUACAUGUCACAAAACAAUCACUGGCUAAUCAUAUAGCGAACAAUGAAGCGGUUGUUAAUAAGUUAAAAGCAGAUAUUGAACACAAACUUAAGGAUUUAAAACAAAAAGAAGAUUUAAUAUCGAGAUUGCAAGAUGAAGUUAAGAAUCAAAGAGCUAAAGUAGAAAUAGCAGAAAGAGAAAAGGUUCUAUUGCAAAAAGAAAUCGCUAAAGGCAACGAUCUGAAAGACAAAAAUGAUAAUAAUGCAGUGGGCAUACUUGGGCAAGGAGAUACCAUAGCAACUCAGAAAUCACAAGAGGAUAAAGAAGUUAUCGACGGUAAAGUCAGCUUUUUGAACUCAGUCAUAGUGGAUAUGCAACGAAAGAACGAACAACUUAUGGCACGAGUACAGGUCCUCGAAGGCUCCGCGGGAUCCAUAGAUCCACCAUUAUUUAACGGUCGUAAAGUGAAAGCAGUGGCGCCGCGUCUUUUCUGCGAUAUUUGUGACGAGUUCGACGCACACGACACCGAGGACUGUCCCCGGCAAGCUGCCGACAUCGACGCGCCGGCGACGCCCGCCAACAGACGACAACCGCCGCCCCCACGACCGUACUGCGAUAUUUGUGAAGUAUUUGGACACGCAACUGAGAACUGUGAUGAGGAAGAAACAUUUUAACUCUUAAUUUAUUGUUAUAUGUUACCUAUACUGUUGUUACUCGUUUUACUUGGGUAUUAUUUAUUUUACUUACCUUAAGCAAAUGUUAUUAGUUGUUUCAUAGUUAAACUAAUAAUGUUCAUUAAUAUAUGUAAAUAAGCAUCAUCGAUCUAUUGUUUUAUAAGAUAUUGCAUGUUGAUUUUAUUAACAUAAAAGGUGAUUGGUUUCUUUUUUCAAUUGCAUUAUCUGGAUAUAAUGCAUACUUGAGAAAUAUAUCAUACACAUUUUCAGAACUGUAACAUCUAUCACAAUCAUGUUUUUAAAAUUCUUAUAUUGAUUUAUUAUAACAUAAAUUAAAUUAAUGAACACCAAAUUGUAAGUUUGUAACAAUAAACAAAUUGGACACACAA